AUGUCUUCAAGCAAGAAAGAGUAUGUGAAGGGAAAGAUAGAGAGAACUGCUGGUGGUGCUAGGGUUAUGGGUUUGCACCCAAGUUCUUCCACUAAAUCCAAGAAGAAUUCAAGAACUCCUUCCAAGAAGCACUACAAGUCUCGUGCAACCUCAAUGCAACAUCCUGAAGCCCCUGUACCUGAGGAUGUUUCAAACACUUCUGUCUCUGCAAAUGAUGAAGACGAUGUCAAGACAUCUUCCCAUGGCUCCGAUGAGACAUUGUCUGAUAAGCCUGCCAAGGAGGUUUCACUCUCAAAGGAUUCUUCCUCUUCAUCCAAGAACUCUGAUUCCAAGGCUGCUAACUCAACGGAUGUCUUGUCAGAGGAGUCGAUGAAGACCCCUCCCAUUGUUCAUGAUGUCUCUGAUGAUGAAGAUUCAGAGGAUGUGCCUCUGGCGAGUGUUGCUGCCAGAAUGCUUAAACGAAGAAGAGCAUCCGUUGAAGAAACUCCUGUUGUCCAGAAGAAGAAAGCCAAGAUCACCACUGGGUCUUCAAAAUCAAGGACAACCGAUGUGUCAAGGAAAGGCAAGCAGAAAGCUGUGGAAUCGUCUGGGAAGAAAGUCAAGAAGACUACUGGGAAAAAGUAG